CAUUUAUACAGAAUACAAUACUGACUGUUCCGAUUCGAUCCGAGUCAGUAGUCAGUACAUCCAGAGCCACGCGGCUCGAUGGGUCUAUUUAUCAACUAAAUUUUGUUUAUUUUAUUUUUAAUUUUGUAAAUUUUAUUUUAUUUUAAGUGUUUAAGUAAAUAUUAUAAUUAACAAAAAAAGUAUGUUUUAAUAAUUUUUCUAAAAAAAACAUUAAAAAAAAAAGGUGUUUUUUUGUGAUGUCAAAUUUAUCAAGUGUAGUUACAUUAAUUGUUACUAGUUUACUUAAAUGAAUUAAUUAAAUUUUUAUAGUAAUUAAAAAAAAAUAAAUAAAAGUGAGAGUAAAUAUGAAGUGAUUAAUUUACUUGGAGGACAAUUAGGAGCGGAAAUUACGAGGAUAAAAUUUUUAUUAAAAGGAUAAAAAAAGGAUCAUGCGAGACACUAGUGACAUGAUGGAAGACGCCAUGUCAGAGGAUACGAUGAUGGAUUGUGGUGGGGAUGGAGGUGUCAGUGAUCUCAGUGAUCUAUCGACUGAUAUUGCCGAUACUUCAGCAUCGAUACGUGAAGCAGCUGAACGUCUGCUUACUCUAUUAGGAGUCGACGAUGCAGACGAAGAUUUUUUAUCAUCCGAAGACGAAGGGGUCGAGGUGGAUAUUGACGUAGAUCUCGAUGAUGACGUCCUAUUUCCUGAUGACGAGAACAAUAGACUACUUCACCAAUUAGCUAAUUCCCUUGCCGAAGAAUUGAAGCAGACUUCGAACCGCGUGCGCAUGGAUGUACAUGAUAAUUUUAAUAACCAAUCAUCUUCUUCAUCUUCUUCUUCUUCUUCUUCAUCUUCACCUUCAUCUUCAAACCCCCCACACUCUGGGACUCGUAAAUAUCAAACUUACCAUGCAGAUUACAAGUCAGACGUCGACUUGGAGCUAGAUUAUCGAUCUCAUAAACGUCUAAAGGUAGACAAUGUCCAAGAUUCGAGUUAUAUAAACGUUGGCUCGACAUGUUCGUGGAACGCCGGCUGGGACGCCUGUGCUACCGAAGCUGUGAGAUAUUUAAUGGAAGAAGAGGGUCUUGCUGGUCAUCAUCCAACUGUCUUGGCGUUAAAAAAUCACCUGGCGUUACAACGGAAUUUUUCUCUGUACAAAACUUAGUAACAUUUUUUUUUAAUUCAAUUUUUUUUUUUAAAUAAUUAUUAAUUAUUAAUUACUUAAUACUUGAUAAUAAUUAAAAUAAUUAAUAAGUAAUGAGUGAAAUUAAUGGACUCGUGAUGAUAGUGAUCAAUAAUGGUGAUUGUGGUGUUAUGAUUAUUGGGGUAAAAUGGACACUCAAAAAAUGGUACUAAAUUAUUAUUAUUAUUUUUUUUUAUUUUUAUUUAUUGUCAGUUAAUUUAUUUUUUAUUUUUCUAAGACUGAGUUUAGUUUCGGGAGGAGGUAAAAUGGGCAGGGCAGAUUUUUUUUUUAUAAAAAAAAAUUUUAGGAGCUGAGUAAAAUAGGAAGUUGAGAAAAUGUGAGCUUAUAAAUUGUGAUUGGACAAAAUGGGUCGGGCAUAAAUAUAAAGCAAUAUGUAGAUAAUAUAUGUAAGAUAUAUAUGGCAGUUAUGUUAAAUAUUGCGGAUAAAUUAUUUUUCAUUAUUAAUUUAAAUCCGUGAAAAAAAAAAUUCAACGGCGGAAUGUGGUCAGAUUUAGUCAGAUAAGAUUAUAUCUGAUCAAAAAUUUAAUUUGAACGUGAACGUAUCUGUACAUGAAUUGUCGGAUCAAAAAUAUGUCGGCUAAAUUUUUGUAUUGAAAAUUGUUCAGAUUUUUUCAUAUAUGUUCUGGUUUCCUAAAUAUGGUCAUCUGUUUAUAAACAGAUCUGAGCAUAUAUGAAAAGAUUUGAAAAGAAAUUUGGCAUAUAUAAUUAGAUAUGUUCAGAUAUGAUAAUAUUCAAAUCAUUAUCUGAUUAGAAGUAGUUUUAUCUGAUAAGAUCUGACCAUAUAUGACGAGAUUUGAAAAAAAAUUAUGCAUACAUUUAGAUUUGACAAGAUAUGUUCAGAUAUGAUAAUUUUCAAAUCAUUAUCUGAUCGGAUGUAGUUUUAUUUGAUGAAAUCUGAUCAUAUAUGAAGAGGUUUGAAAAAAAUUUUGCAUGUACAAUUAAAUAUGAUCAGGUUAAAAUUGAAUAUCUGAUCAGAUAUUGUUGUAUCUGAUCAGAUCUGAACAAAUGUGAAGAGAUCGGAAAAAAAAUUUAGCAUACAUAUUUAGAUCUUAUGAGAUAUGCUCAGAUAUAAUAAGAUCCAAGUCACUAUCAGAUCAGAUAUAGUUUUAUCUGAUAUCUGAUCAUUCAUGAAAAGAUUUGAAAAAGAAAAUUAGCACAUACCAUUAGAUUGAUCAGGUUCAAAUUAAAUAUCUGAUCGGAUAUUGUUGUAUCUGAUCAGAUCUGAACAUAUGUGAAGAGAUUGGAAAAAAAAUUUAGCAUACAUAUUUAGAUCUUAUGAGAUAUGCUCAGAUAUGAUAAGAUCCAAGUCACUAUCAGAUCAGAUAUAGUUUUAUCUGAUAAGAUCUGAUCAUUUAUGAAAAGAUUUGAAAAAGAAAAUUAGCAUAUUCCAUUAGAUUGAUCAGGUUCAAAUGGAACAUCUGAUCAGACAUUGUUGUAUCUGAUUAGAUCUGAACAUAUGUGAAGAGAUUUGAAAAAAAAUUUAGCAUAUAUAUUAAGAUCUGAUGAGAUAUGUUUAGAUAUGAUCAAAUCUUAAUCAAUAUCUGUCCAGAUAAAAUGAUAUUUGGUCAUAUCUGGCCAAAUCUCGUCAGAUUACAUUUAUUUCACGAGAAUCUAAAUUUUUAAAAUUAAAAUUUUUUCAUAAAUAUGACUAAGACAAAACUAUUUGAAAAAAUUCAGAUCUAAGAUCUACAGAUCCAAAUCUAUCAUUAUAAAAUUAUAUCCGCGUUGAUUUGAUCAGAUUUCUAUAGAUCUAAAUUCUUUUAACCAUAGUACUUAAUUUUUUUUAGUAAAUAAAUUUUUAAAAAUUAAAAUAAAUAAUUUGAUGUCGCCCAUUAUGUCUUUUGCUCUUUUAAAAUAUUUUUUACGCACUGCAUUUAAUAAUUUUUUAUUCAUAACAACUGAUCAAAAAUUUUUUAUACUCAUAAUUAUAAUCAUAGUCAUAACAUUAUGGUCAUCAUAACAACUAUCAUAAUGUACUGAUUAUUAUUACGUCUAUUAUUAUAUAACGUAUUUAAUUAUUUGAAAAUUAAAAAUAAAUUUCAAAAUGUACAUUUUUAAGACACGUGUCUUGCACAUUAAUAAUUAUAACCUGCUUAAACUUUAACACUACUAGGUAUUUAAAAAAUUUGUACUUGAAUUUCAAGCAGGUCUUGUUAGUCUCACAAUUACAAUUACACAAAAAAAAAAUGGUACAGAAAUACAUAAUAAGCGUUCAACCAAGUGAUUAAUUUUAAGUGACUACAAUAAUUUUAAUUUAACUUUUUUAGUACUCAUAAACUAUUUAUAUGUAAUUUGAUAAAUAUUAAUCUAGUAAUAUUAAAAUUAAUAAUUUUUUUAAAUUAACGCACUUGUAAAUAUGUAAAAUAAUUAUUUAAUUUAUAUAUACUUAUAAAUAAUAACGUAUUAUUGUUACUUUUACAACUAAUUGUAGAUAGUAGUAACACAUUUUAAAUGCACUAUUAAAAUUAAAUAAAAGCUGUGAAAUCAUAAAAGAAUCAU